UGCGGACCGACUGACUGGGAACCAUCACGAGUGAUACUGAGGGUCUCUUCUGGCUCGUAAACUACUUCGCCAUCUUCGAUCACAACCGCUAUCUUCCUGCAAGAAUCCUUCGGCAAAAAAAGUCAGCAAACACACACCGGCCAUUCAGUCUCCAGUCAGCCGAUCGUCAUACACUUUUCCUGGUCUAUUCGAUCUCAAUCUGACGCGUUGCUGAAACAAAUAACAGAAGCAAGAUGGGAGACGCAAACAAAUCCAACCCUGCUCCUCUCUUUGGCGGAUCAUCAUCCACAUCGCUUUUCGGUAGCCAGGCUGGUAAGCCUGCGACUUUCGGCUUUGGCGGGACUAGCCCCUUCGGCGCCUCUCAAGCUGCCACAUCGACUACUCCUCAAACAAGUCCAACCAAGUCUUCAACACCAUCGUUCAAUUUCAUUUCUGCCCCCGGCUCGAACAACCCCGGCGGUGCUAGUGGCACCAACGCUCCCACUAGUUCAUUGUUUGGGGGAGGAAACACCAUUGGCGCUGCUUCCUCGGCUCCAAAAUCUAUAUUCGGCAAUCCCAACCCGGCUACCGGGACCACGAGUUCUGCUGCACCUAGCAUCUUUGGUGGCAACUCUACCUCUAACACCUCUAAUAUCUUUGGUGGCAACUCUAGCUCUAACACCUCUAAUAUCUUUGGUGGCAACUCUAGUAACCCCACUCCCGCGACAUCGACCUCUAACUCAAACCAGUCUACUGCUACCCCUGCCCCGGCUUCCAAGCCCAGCCUAUUUGGCAAUACAACUGGUACCUCUAUGACAAGCAGCAACUUGUUCGGAACUCCAGCGGCCAAUAGCGGCAGUGCGCCUGCUUCAACUACGACCAGUACAACCUUUGCUUUUGGUGGCCCGCCUGCCAAUCAGCCACCAAAAGAUGCCAAUAAGAGUGAAUCCUUGUUUGGUGGACUUCAAACUCCUAAACCAGCUCCAUCCACAUCACCGAGCUUGUUUGGGGCCAAACCAGCCGAUUCUUCAACCUCUAACAAUCCACAAGCCUCAGUAAACAAUAAUGCACCGGCAGCGGGAUCAGCCACUCCAGCAACGACGGCUGCCGCGUCACCUUCCUUAUUUGCCCCGAUCGCUCCUAAACCUAGUUCAACAUCCGACUUGCCCGCCAAACCAUCCACCCCGAGCCCUUUUGGAAACAUGAAUAAUAGCGCACUAACGAUCAAGAGCACCGCCCCAGUCAAAUCCUCGCCGCUCGCCAUGAACUCCUCGACCACCGGUGAAGGAUCCCAGGCCAACAAAUCUGCAACCCCUAAGCCUGCCGGUACCCCUCCUGCUACCCCCUCCACUAAGCCUAAUAUGAACUUGGCACCCUCGUUGCUCAAGGGAAAAACUUUGGAAGAUCUGGUGGCUCGUUGGAAUUCUGAGUUGGAUGAACGCGUCGAGGACUUUAAACACACCGCUAAUGAAAUCGCUGCCUGGGACCAAGUGCUUAUUCAAAAUGGGGACCAGAUUUCGAUGCUAUAUGAUGAGUUACAACAAAUAGAGCCGAUGCAACAGUCUAUCGACCAAACUUUAGACUAUGUCGAGACUCAACAACAAGAAUUGUCGGUCGCUUUGGACGACUAUGAAAGACAACUUUCGGGCAGUCAAGCGCAAGAUUUUUCGGCAUCAUCGACUGGUCGGACGCGUACGGCUGCACAAGAACGAGAAGAAGCCUACAAAACGGCGGAAGAAGUGCACGUUCAAUUGAAUGAUAUGGCCUCUUCUCUUGGAACGAUGAUCGCCGAAUUGAAUAGUCUAGCUGGACCGGGCAAUAGGAUUGAUGAGUCUAGCUUGGCAGAUGGGACGAUCUCCUCCGGUUCUUCUUCGAACGAAGAUCCGAUCGUUCAAAUCGCUGGGAUUCUGAACGCCCAUCUUGGUUCUUUGAAUUGGAUCGGUGAAAUCACCCAGGAACUUGGGGUGAAAGUCAACGAACUCGAAUCGCGAGUCUCUAAUACUAAGGUCGAAUUCGGCUUGGAGCCUAGUCUCAAUCAUUAUCGACAGAUCGAGUUCAACUCUGAUGAAUUCAAUCCUAAUUUGUCUGCUACCGUUGGCCCUAGUGGAACAAGCCUCAAUUCUGGAUUUGGCAAUAGAAUCCCUUCUGGUCUCCUUUCUCAUCCUCGAAGAUGAGAAAACCAGAUUCUUAGCUUUUGUUGUUCAAUCUCAAUCCAUGACUUCACACUUUUCACUUUUCUUGAUAGCUACAGUAAUUAAAAUAACAACAUAUCUGAAACACUGGCCCUCUUUUCCUCAACUUAUUUUUUAUUUUUAUUUACUUUUAUUUUCAUUUUAUUUCCCCAAAAGACACAUAUUGUAGCUCCAACAGCUGAUCAACAAAAGUAAGUAAGUUAUAAUCCAUCACCUGAACAAUGAUUGAAAUUUGGCAA